UCGAGGGAAUUAUAUAUAAAUGGCUCUUGAACCUAUAGCUAUCGUUUUAUUCGUUUACUCGUAAUGGGAAAAGGCUCACGAAUGAUAUAUGGGGGUGAAGAUCGGGACUCUGAUCCCGGAGAUUUUGGGAGAUUCGCCAACUACGAAUUACGAACUACUCGGUCGCUCUUAUAAGUACAGAGAGCCACGCGUCACCGCGUCAUCCCGCUAUCACAUAUGUAGUUUUAGAAGCUAUCAUUUGCGCAAUGAUUUCUGUACAUUUCUUUUAAUCUUUUUCCGGAAUUUCUACGGGUGUACACAUAAUCGUCACUUAUUGUCGUUUCUUCGAGUUAUUAUUAUUGCAUUUUUUGAAGUGAUAGGUAAUUUAUAGAUUCUUUCCCAUCAUGAUGAACAUAAAUACGAGGGUAUUCUUUGACAUUGAAGUCGGUGGAUUGCCUAUGGGUAGAAUAGUAUUUGAGCUUUUUAUGGAUAUUUGUCCUAUAACGUGCGAAAACUUUCGCGCUUUAUGUACUGGAGAGAAGGGACUUGGAAAAACAACAGGCAAACCUUUGCAUUAUAAAGGCAUCGUUUUUCAUAGAGUUGUAAAAGAUUUUAUGAUUCAAGGUGGAGAUUUUUCGAUAGGUAAUGGGACAGGUGGUGAAUCAAUUUAUGGUGGUACAUUUGCAGAUGAAAACUUUAUCAUAAAGCAUAAUAAGCCUUUUUUGUUGUCAAUGGCAAAUCGUGGUAGAGAUACUAAUGGUUCACAAUUCUUCAUUACAACACAACCAGCGCCUCACCUCGACAAUGUCCAUGUGGUUUUUGGAGAAGUAGUGUCUGGGCAAGAAAUCAUUACACACAUUGAAGGACUUCCAGUAGACCGCAUGUCUCGUCCAUUACAAGAUGCUAAGGUUGUAAACUGUGGAGAAUUGGUUUUGAAGAUCAAGAGUAAAACUAAAAAACGGGAAACAAAACAAAGUAGUUCAGCAGAUUCCGAAUCUGAUUCGUAUGCCGAUAAAGCAAAAAAGAAAAAAAAGAAUAAAAAAAGUAAAAAAAAAGUGAAGUCGGAAGACGGUGAAAUUCGGGAUUCUAAUGAGGAAGACAGUGGGCAACCUCAUCCACUAGUAUCUGUUACUAAAAUUGAUCCUGAUGAAAUUCCAGAAGUACCAGCAAAUAAAUUUUUAUAUAGAGCAGGAUCUACAAAUAAUGCAAAUCAGAAGGAAUUUAGACAGCAUUAUGGAAGAGAUCGUGUACGAUCUCAUAGAAAAACUGGUCGUGUUUUUAAGGGUAGAGGAAUAUUCCGAUAUCAUACUCCUUCUCGAAGUCGUUCCAGAAGUAUGACUCCACCUCAUUGGAAGCAAGCUCAAAAUCGUACUAUCAAACUGCACGAAUUUCAGAAGAUAGAAAAGGAACGUAUCAAGAAAGAAGAGGAUUUUGAUAAACAACGUGAAACUGACAGAACUAAAAAAUUCGGAGAUAAUUCCGACCUAAAUAAUCAAGUACCAGAUCUGGAUAACAAUAUAUGCACGACAAAAUUGAUGGAGAAUAAAGAAAAUGAUCAGACAGAUGAGACAGCAACUAUGAAUAAAACAGUUUAUCAACAAGAUAACAAUGCAAAGAGAAAUAUGGAAGACAAUGAUAUUAUGCAAAAUAAUGAGGAGAUUAAAUAUAAUAAGAAUGAAAAAUCAUUAAGACAUGACAACAAUCGAUCCUACAAUGAUAGAAAUUCUCGACGUGAUUCGAAGGAUAGAAGCAGAAGGCGCGGACGUUCUCGAUCAAGAGAUCGCCGAAGGUCUAGAGAGAGAGAUUACGAACGUAAAGCAAGUCGUGAUAGAAGGAAUCGCAGAAAUUAUUCUCCCCGUAGACGAGAUUCUUACAGAAUUAAUAGAAGAGAUAAUUACAAUAGAUACUAUGAUAGGCGCAACGAUAGACGUCCAAAUAAUUUUAAUCCUUAUCAAGACAACGAUAACACUUCACGCUAUGACAAAAAUAAAUAUAAAAGAAAUGAUAACGUAACGGAUAUGAGUCAACCGAAAUUUAAACGUCGUUCGCGAUCAAGCAGUUCCAGUAGCCACCACUCCAAAAAGUAACUUAUAUGUUAUUUCAUGUUUUCUUUUCUUUUACUUAUUCUAUCAAGUAUGCAAAAUAUUAUGUAAUAUUAAUGAUAUUAUCAAAAAGAAAUCACCAACAUUAUUAGUUUGUGGAUCAAUAUUGCUAUAUAAUAAUAUUGGAGCUAUAUAACUCAAUUCUUUUUUUGAUCACUCAUUUGUGGUUAGUGCACAUUUCGCUGUGGAGUAUAAAAUAAAAUCUAUUAUAUGUUAGUAUAUUCUUUUAUAAGAGGAUAUUUAUAUUUCGAAUCUUCUCUACCUCUUUUCUAUACUAAAACUGUUCAUAUUGGAUAUAUGUAUUGCAUUGAUUAUGAAACGACGAGAUUUUCAAGAUAUUUCCAUAUAAAAACUGUUUCUCAAAAA